UUACACAGUAAGGUUAUAUCAGUAUAAACAUACCUCAAAAUGGCGCUUGGAGAUAAGAACCAGGGAUCAUCCAAAUCUCAAGCCAAACAAAAGGGCACGAAGGGCAAAAAUGCUCAACCUAGACUCAAAUCAAAUCAGCUCAAGCGGUUAAAGAUUAAUGAGGAGCUCAAGGAGUUGCAGAGCCGUGUGGAUAACUUUGUGCCGCCAUCCGAGAUAACAUUGUUCUCAGAGCUUCCCAUGUCUUCAAAGACACAAAAAGGCUUGAAGAGUAGCCAUUUCCUUAAUCCUACACCUAUCCAGUCACUUGCCAUCCCCCCUGCCCUCCAAGCCCGUGACAUUCUUGGCUCAGCCAAGACCGGUUCCGGUAAAACCCUCGCAUUCCUUAUCCCACUACUCGAACGUCUUUAUCUGGAAAAGUGGGGACCUAUGGACGGUCUCGGAGCGGUGGUUAUCUCGCCUACAAGAGAGCUGGCUGUUCAGACGUUUAUGCAGCUUAGGGAUAUAGGAAAGUACCACAACUUCUCUGCGGGUCUGGUCAUCGGUGGUAAGCCCUUGAAAGAAGAGCAGGAAAGAUUAGGGAGGAUGAACAUUUUAAUUGCAACACCUGGGAGGCUGUUGCAGCAUUUGGAUAGUACAGUCGGGUUUGACUCAUCAGCAGUCAAAGUCCUUGUCUUGGAUGAAGCUGAUCGACUUCUCGACCUCGGUUUCCUUCCCGCACUCAAGGCUAUCGUUUCCCACUUCUCUCCUGUUCAAACGGCUCCUGGUUCCCGUCCUUCUCGCCAAACCCUAUUGUUCUCCGCUACCCAAUCCAAAGACCUCGCCGCCCUCGCCAAACUCUCAUUGUACGAGCCUCUUUAUAUCAGCUGUAAUAAACCUGGAGAAGAAGGUGUGAUGCCCGCCAAUUUGGAGCAAUACUAUGCUGUAGUACCCCUGGAGCGGAAGUUGGACGCCCUUUGGGGAUUUGUGAAGAGUCAUUUGAAGAUGAAGGGUAUUGUGUUUGUCACUAGUGGUAAACAGGUUCGAUUCAUCUUCGAAACUUUCAGGCGUCUCCACCCCGGUCUCCCACUCAUGCACCUCCACGGCAAGCAAAAGCAACCUACUCGUCUCGACAUUUUCCAACGAUUUUCCUCCUCCAAAUCAGCUCUUCUCAUCUGUACCGACGUUGCAGCCCGUGGUCUCGACUUCCCUGCCGUAGACUGGGUUAUCCAACUUGACUGUCCUGACGAUGUCGACACCUACAUCCAUCGAGUUGGACGUACGGCGAGGUACCAGAGUGCAGGUACAGCUUUGACUAUUCUCUGCCCGAGCGAAGAGGAGGGAAUGAAGACCAGGUGGGGAGAGAAAGCGAUCGAGGUCAAGAGGAUAAAGAUCAAGGAGGGUAAAAUGGGCAACUUGAAGCAGUCUAUGCAGAACUUUGCGUUCAAGGAACCCGAAAUCAAAUAUCUUGGACAACGUGCUUUCAUCUCAUACAUGAAAUCUGUCCACAUCCAGAAAGAUAAAUCCAUCUUCAAGAUUGACGCACUUCCCGCUGAAGCCUUUGCCGAGUCUAUGGGUCUUCCUGGUGCCCCUCAAAUUAAAUUGGGCAACCAGAAGGCUGCCAAGGUGCGAGGACCGAGCAAGGAGGAAUUGGCCAGGAAAGCAGAGAAGGAAGAAGAAGAGGAGGAAGAGAGAGCGGUUGUGGGCAGCGACGAGGAAAGUGAGGAGGAUGAAAGCGAAGGGUUAGGGUCUGAGGACGAGGAAGAAGAGAUCGACGAUGAGGCAGAAGAGAUCGACGAUGAGGAAGAGAGCGGUGAGGAAAGCGGUAGCGACGAGGAAACUGAAGAGGAGAAAGACGCUUCCAAGCCUAAAGCGCCUGCCGUCCGUACCAAAUACGACCGCAUGUUUGAACGCAAGAACCAGUCUAUCCUCACACCCCAUUACACUGCCCUCAUCGCUCACGAUGCUGACAACGCCGCUGGAGCCGGAGAAGCCGAUGAUGACGAUGACGUCUUCACCCUUGCCCGUCGAGAUCACAACCUGUCCGAUGACGAGGAGGCCGAUACCGACGCUAUUCUCGGCGCUGAGGCUCUUGCUGCGGAAUUGAAGAAACCUCUCAUCACAUCUGAGGACUUGUCUAAGCGAAAGCUCAAGGCAGCCGCGUCUAAGAAGGGUCUGUUGAAGAGCAGGCCUGGUCCUGAAAAGGUGCUGUUCGAUGAAGAGACUGGUGAGGCUCGAGAGUUCUACAAGAGCGGCGUGGAUGUGGAGAAAGAAAUGAGCGCGGCGGAUAAGAGGAGGGAGUACUUGGAGAAAGAGAGAGAAAUUAUGAAGAUCCAGGACAAGAUCGACAAGGAGGUCGCAAGGGAGAAGAAAAAAGAGUUGAAAAGGAAGAGAAAGGAGAGGGAGAGAGAACUACGACAGAUGGAAAUGGGUGAUGAGCCCGUCGCUUACCUUGGUGGAGAUGAUGACUACGCCUCUGCUGAUGAGGGUCGAUCACUUUCACCUUCUCCUGCGCCCUCUUUAGAACCCGAGCGACAUGCUAAGAAGCAACGACGAGGAGGAGUGCAGGAGUCUGGGGCUGGCGAUUUGGAGGAUGAAGAAGCCCUCGCACUCAGGUUAUUGCAAGGAUCAUAGUGUAUGCUUUAAUGGGAAGUGGGAUGUAAAUGUGUUGAUUAGUGAGCCACGACAACGCCUGGAACCUCGCAUUUUCUUAUGCAAGCGAU